AUGGGCCAGGCCAAAGUGAUAGUAAAUAGUGCAAGUGAUUUGUUGCUGCUUGGUGCGGAGGUGCGCACCGUUCCGUUGAGUAAAAUUGCACAAGUUACACUCAGCGGACUCCGGCGCCAAGAAAGUGAUGUCGAAUUGUACGAGUUCCUGUUUACCAACGCUAUCCACCACUUUGAACCGGAGCAGUUCGAAGAGCAAAUCUCUGUCCCCGUUCUGGCCGAAUUGGUUCACUUUUUGGAUAAAUUCCAAAGUGAGCUCCUUUCGAGUGCAUUGUCCUGUUUUUUCGCCGAGAAUCAUGCACUGCUUCAACGGUUGAUGGCGAUGCUGCAAAAUCUGUUAGAAUACAUAGCAAGCCACGCAAACACAGUCCAAUUGUACCGCUCGCUUGUUAUUUUCCCGGAGUAUCUUCUACGAUGCUACACGAUCAUACGAUCGAAGUACACGUCGACGACACAGGACACGCAGUUGCUGGACGCGAUGAAAAGCCUGAACAGUGGUUGCAAAAAAAUUCUGACGCUAUUUCUAGAACUAGUGUGCCCGGAAGGUGCAACCAACAGUUAUUUUCGGAAGCUGGAUCAGGAUAGGCAGUUUGAAUGUUUCGAAAAGGUUUGCACUCUGAUGGCGGCCGUGGCCAAUGAAAUAAGUCGCAUCGGUCGCAUGCAGCUGGCCGGUGACGUGUGGAAAAGCAUAACAAAGCUGUGCACCAAGCAUGUUGAGCAAUGUUUAACCAAAAACCGGUCCGACUGGCUGGGCCAGCUCGUGCUGACUCUGAACGCCGGCCUUCAGGCUUCGUUUUUGGAGCUAUGCGCCACAAAAAAGCCGCCCAAAGAGCUGCAGGCAACGCUAAAGCUGAACGAAUUCUUCUUGCGUGCAAUGUCGAAGCUACUGUCGCUUUCGAAGCAGCACGCAUCCUUGGAUGGUUUCUUGGCAAUCAUCACCACGCUGCUUCGCAUCAAAACGUGCCUUCGUUCGAGUACGGUUGCCCGCGAACUGGCAGCAGGCAUUGAUCAGUAUCUCCACGUCGGUUACAUAAAAGUCGUGGAAAAUUCAAUCCGAUGCGAGUCCUUUGCCAAGGCUCUGGCGCAAUACGAGUGCCAAACGGUGGACGAUAUUCACUCGUUCUACGUCCUGACGAUGCACGUCAUCGAACAGAUCAACAGCAAUUCGAACGACAUAAACCUACUAACGCUGUACUGUGUCCGCGGUAACUUGCUCCGGCAAGUGUGUACGCUUCUGAAACGCUCCGACAAUCUGUUCCUGGCCAAUGAGAACCUUUAUCAGCAGCUUCUGGUGCGGUGUGCGGUGCUUACAGUAACGGGUACCCGAUGGGGGAACCGGGUGGUUCAGAAAGCAAUCGAAGAAUCGAUGGUUCGCAUGAUCCUCCAGGAGCACUACUAUACCGGACUGUUCGGUAUCGAUCUGUGGUCAGCGUUUGUGCGUUGCCAUUCGACCCAGUUAAUGUUCGCUUACUUCACCUUCUGGGAGGCAAUUAACGGCCAGUACGCCAUUUUCUGCACCAAACCGGAGCAGGUGUAUGUGGCCGCAGUGUUGCGCAAUUUGUUCACCUUUCUUCCGAUGGCAAUGAAGGAGAACAUUCUUUCCACCCGCCCCGUUUCGGAUUGUGCUAAUGAUCGACUGUGGGCAACGGUACGGUUGCCGGAUGAGGUGAACGUCCAUCACAAGCAACGUUUUGUUGAUGGCAUCGCCAAGCGCCUGCAGACCGCGACGCAGCAACCCAGGAGUGUGAAAAGGUUCUACGAAAUGUUACACUUGAUACGGAUUGCAGACAAUACGGGCACCGAUGGCGCGCUCGGGGAGUGUGUGCGGCAACAGUUCGGCAAACAAAUCGACUGGUCGAACAUUUUAACCAAAUCUGGCACCGCACAGGGCAAUAUCUUGGAAUGCAUGCAAGGAAAUCGGCACCAGCUAUCGGCAAACACAUUCCGGGGUUGCAACCUCUCCAGUGCGAGUGUUUUCAUAAAAUAUCAAAUUUUGAAACUACUCAAACGAACCGACACACUACCGGAUGCUGCAGACGCCCUGAGUAGCUUGCUAAAUGACAAUGAGCCAUUCAUCAACGCACAAGCGUUCUGUUUGUUGCGAAUCCUGAACGACAGACGCCACCCUGUGGCAGUACAGUUGAUUGCCAGAACACCAUCCCUGCAAUCUCAGCUGCUCUCUCUGAGCAAAGAUGAUCCUCGACCUGUCCCGUCGGCAAUCUGCAAUUCCCCAGAACAAUGCAUUGCAGUUCGGCACCGCUGUAAAGAUUCGCGCACCCGACAGGAAACCGACUCAUCGGGCAAUCUAACGCAACUGAUAAACGACCAAAUAGAUCAACUGUUUCCGGACGAAGACGGCGACGACAUGCGCGUUGCCAACUUGUCUCCCAAGCGCCGAAAGGUUGAGCCGAACGAUGCCCGCGCAAAGGCUACUCGAUUCAUUGACCAGCUGGAAGUGCAGACCACAGAGCUGGGGCAACUAUUGCGAACUCACCGGCUAGAGGUGGCCGAUAAGGAGCGAUUAAAAAAGAUCGUCUCAGCGGUGACCAACAUUCUGGAGAGCUAA